CCGCCUCCCGUGAUUGGCUGUUGGAGUCAGAGCCGCGCAGAGAUUGGAGAGUCUCGGCCUGGAGGAAGCGGGUCAGGCCAGGCGGUCCCCUGGACCAUGGCUGCCCCGCCGCCGCUGCGGGAUCGUCUGAGCUUCCUGCACUGGCUCCCAGUUCUCCUGAAGGGAACCUCAGACAAUGAUGUCCCAUGUCCAGGGUACCUGUUUGAAGAGAUUGCUAAAAUCUCCCAUGAGUCAGUGGGUAGCAGUCAGUGCCUGCUGGAAUAUCUCUUAAACCGCCUGGACAGCAGCUCUGGCCAUGUGAAACUCAAGGUGCUGAAGAUUUUGCUCUACCUGUGCAGCCAUGGCUCCUCGUCCUUCCUCCUCAUCCUCAGACGCAAUUGUACUCUCAUCCAGGAAGCCACAGUUUUUUCGGGACCCCCAGAUCCUCUGCACGGGAACAGUUUGUACCAGAAGGUGCGAGCGGCUGCCCAGGACCUAGGCAGUACUUUGUUCUCUGAUGUUUCGCCGCUGCCUCCCUCUCAGCCUGCCAGGACCCUGCCCCCCGCAGGCAUGGGCUCCCAGACCAGGCCUCGAAGUGGUCUCCAGGGUUUCGGUUACAGCAAGGAGCAGGGUCGUGCAGGCUCUGCAGGUGAAGCCUUCCUCUCCACCAUCCAGAGGGCCGCAGAGGUAGUAGUUAACGCCGUACAUCCCAGGCCUGAGAACUCCCACACCCAGAGGUCUCUGCCACAGGGUGACACCUACCAGCCUGCCGUGACACCUUCAGGCAGCCACAGCCACCCCACUUCUGGGAACCUGUUCCCUGGGGUCAUCCCAGGUGCUCGAGCUGUGAGACACCAGCCAGGGCAGGUCGGGGGAGGCUGGGAUGAGUUGGAUAGCAGCCCCAGCUCCCAGAGCUCCUCCCGGAACAGUGACCAGAGCCGGGCCUCCGAUGCGGGUAGUCGGUCAGGCAGUGAUAGCCACUCAGGUGCCAACCGAGAGCCAGGUGACCUGGCAGAAAGGGCUGAAGCCAUGGCCCUGAGUGACUGCCAGCAGGAGCUGAGCCUGGUGAGGACUGUGACACAGGGACCCCAUGCCUUCCUGAGCCGUGAGGAGGUCCAGCACUUCCUAAAAGAGUGCGGCCUGCUCAAUUGUGAGGCAGUGCUGGAGCUGCUCCUGUUCCAGCUGGGCACAGCUAAUGAGCUCGAGCAGAUGAGGGCCCUGAGCGCCAUCGCCUCCCUUGGUUCCGCUGACCUCCUUCCCCAGGAGCACAUUCUCCUCCUCUCCCAGCCACGGCUAGAGGAGCUCAGCACGAGUAGCCCCGGGCCUGUGACCAGCAAGGCCACCAAGAUCCUGAGACACUUUGAAGCCUCUUGUAGACAGCGACCCCUAACCCCAAGGCCCUGUGCUGAGUCCAGCGCUGCAGUCACCCUGGAGGGCCCGUCUGACCUGCUGACCUGCCCUGUGCCUCCCUCCAAGACCCAAGUCUUCCUCCAGCCCCUGAGCUCCACCCCUGUCUUGCCGAGCAGCCCUGCACCCACCCUGGCUCCAGAUACCAGCCCCAUCCCAGCCCCUGGACGUGCCAGCAAGCCUGAGACCCCACCAGCAGCUUCCAGAGAACAGGAGGCACAGCCCAGGCAGGGUCUGGGGGACAUGGACGCCACACAGGGUGGCCCUAGCCACUCUCCAUGCAGCCGAGACUCCUUGUUUGCUGGCAUGGAGCUGGUAGCCUGCCCCCGCCUGGUGGGGGUUCAGGCUACAGCAGAGGAGCCCAACCCGGCCCCCCACGGCCUUCAAACAUGGGCCCAAAGGGCAGCAGUCACAGAGCCUCCAGGCCCAGAGUUGUCAGCCUUUGCCUUCUUAAACAAGUGACCAUGGGGGACCCAAGGGCUGGCUGUAUAAGGGGGUCUCCUUGUUUCUGCUGGUGGCUCGCAGGACCCCAUGGCCUCCUGCUGGCAGCCCUACUUUGUCCCCUCCAUUUACCCUUCAGCCACUGAGGCCUGGGUAUAGAAUCAACUGAGCUAGGCAGUGCCAAGCAGGACUCCCAGCAGUCAGCGCGGUCACUGGUGGGCCCGAGCAACCCUCGGUGCUGGAGCCCAGCCAGGACAGAACACAGUUGUGAGGAAGGGGCUAAUUUAUGUCCUCAAAGUCUUCUCAAGAGAUGGCUCCCUGUCCAUCAAGCAUGAUGAGGCUUCCUCUUUGUGCAAGGGAUAGGACCCACACAGGCUGCUCUCGGGGGAUUCCCUGUGGCUGGGGCCAGCCUGCCCACUGCAGAGGUUCCCAGCUUUCACUAGCACAUCUGCAGGGCCAGCUUUCCUGAGGGCCUGGUCCUCAGCUCCCUCACUGCAGAGCCCCCUGGUCCCUGUCCAGCAACCCUGCCCCCUAUCUGCUUUGCCAUCGGCUGACUGUGAGGACUUGAGUUCUGACAGGCAGGUGGCAGGGCUCACAAGUGCUGCCUGGGGACCCAGGGCAGCUCUCACCUAUCCUGGCCUUAGGCACAGGCUGCUGGUAUGGGUUUGGAUCUCAGCCCCUUCUUUCCCCAGCAAGCUGCAGCAUCUGGAGCUGCCCCCUGUGGGGUAGGUGGUGGAAGUGUUUUGGUGCCUAGGGCUGGGACUGGUGCUUGGCUGCCUGGGGUUCUGUGGCCUUCUUGAGCUCAGUCCCUGCAGCAUCUGGCAGUAUACCUGUGGGGCUGGAGUGUGAAACACUGGCCCUCAGAAGACCCUGCAGGAGCUCGGGAUGAACACUCUGAAUAAACACUACUGUUUACAUGAAGCUGGA